AUGGGUACGGAAAGGAAGAACUUUGUAGAAUCCAGUGGGAAGGUUUCUGAUGGAUAUUCAAUAGUUAAUAAGUAUGAUGUUCUAACAGUAGAAUGGAGUGGAUCUGGUUUGACAGAAGAAAGAAUUGUUUUAGCAUUCCAAGCCCUUGAUGAAUUGAUUCCUCAGCUAGGAAUAUAUUCCAGGAUCUUAUCGAAACUUAGGAAUGAUUUCUUUGAGGCAAUCUACAGUGAUGAAAUGACAGGGGAAGCCUUCAGAGAAAAUGGUAAUUUAAAAGAAUUUAUACAAAGAUUACCAUAUUUUAGUUUAUUUCAACGUAAAAAUAUAAAACAAGAGGAAGUGUUGGAUGGUGUAAAACAACAGUUAGAGAUUGUCAAAGAAAGACUAUUCAAUAAACAUGCUACUUUGGAAGAAAAAGAAAAGUUAAUUAAGGAAUAUGAAGAAGAAUUAGAAACUAUUAAAAGUCAAGUGGAAGAUUUAAAUGAUACUAUCUUUAAUAAAGAUGAACAGAUUGAGAAAAUGCUGUAUGAAAGAUCUACAGAACAGAGAUUAGCUAAAGAAAAACAACAUCAAUUAGAAUGUGAUGUUACAGAAUUACAGAUUAAUCUAGAUGAUUGUAAAAGUGAGAUAAAACAGUUAUCAGCUUAUAAAAAAGGUUAUGAUGAUUUACAGAAUGCUUUUUUGGACAAAGAAUAUGCAUUCAGACCAUCAAGUAAACAAACAAUUCCAGUCGAAUCAACACGAUAUAGUAAUUUAGUUAGUGAUAUUGAAGCAGGACAGAAACUGGAGAAUCAGAUGUUAUCAGUAUUAAACGUAGCCAUGGAAGAAUAUGAGAAGUUUUUAGAAGAACAUGAAACAGAACUGGAAGAGAAGAAAAUAAUAGAAGAUAUGACAGACGCAGAACUAGAUUUACAGAAUAUGGAGAUUGAUGACGCAGACCAAGAGCUUCAACUGGUACAAGAUAGAUUUAAAUCAACAGUCAAUGAAAUGGGAACAGAGUUAGAGCUAUUAAAACAACAUAGAGCAAUGUUACUAGAACAACUUCAAAAACUGGAGGACAGUAAAACACCACAAAUAAAUGAAAAAUCAAAGACAAGCACACCAGCAAACAGACAAGAUUCUCGUUUGGCUGCAGGAUUGAUAGAGGAUGAACCAGAACAACCAAUGGAUGAUCCAUUCAUACCUCAAGAACGUGUGUUCAGUAAAUACGCUGCCAUGUUAUAUACCUCUAAUAAUAACGGCAAAUCAUACGAUGAAUUUAAAGAGGCUAAAUAUUGUUCUAGUUGUGGAGAAAAGACUGUUAUUUGUCCACAUAAACUGAGUGGUUCAGAGAAAAUCUAUAUUUUACCUAUUAACUGUUCACAUUUAAAAAUUACAAGACCUGUGGUCAAGAUUAAUAAAGAAUUUGCCAGAAAGUUCAACAAACCUAUAACCCCAGCUAAAUCCUUAACCCCUGUAAUGAAUGAAACCUUUGAUGAUGAUGAUGAAGAUGAUGAUAAUGAUGAAGAAGACAUGAUGAGUGAAGAUGAUGUUGACACUCUAUCAGGAACUGUAGGGGGAGGGUCUAGAUCUGAACUGACCCCAGUUUUAGGUGGAGUAGAACUUUAUAUGACUCAUUCAGCUCAGCUUUUAUUUGAAGAUUUUGCUGAAAGAACUGAUAUAGAAAGAGUUAUUCCACGAAAAAUGUCUUUGGAAAAGACUGUCUCAAUUAUAGAGCAGUUUUUAGGCUAUUUAGUUUGGCAAGAUGAAUAUGGUCCUGAUGAUUUUUACUUCUCCAUACUGGAUAUACUGUAUCAGUAUAUGGAAGAAAGAUAUUUAGUCUCUGAUAUCAAGUUUAUGGCAACCUAUGAUUUCUUAUCUUCAGUCAUUCAUUAUUCAUCUACUAGCAAGAUGUUACAGCUAUUUGGUCAUGUGUUAUGUGGUAAUUUAGAUGCUGUGUGUCUACGAUAUAUUCUACUGUUGAAUGAUUUUAUACAUUCUGUUGACUGGCAGCAAGUCAAUGAUUUUCGAGCUUUUAUUUCUGUUAUCUAUCCUUUCUUGGGGGAAGAUGAAGUUGAGAAUCUCCAGAUGAGUUAUACAUCAUUUAGUGAGAACCAUAUUUCAUGUCGUCAUGUGACAGAUUUUAUGAUACAUCUGAUAUUGAAAUAUAGAGAACCAAGAUUCCUAGAGAAUGAAAAUCAAUUAGUGGCGUUUCAAAGUCAGGAGUCAAACCAACUGAAUGAGAAGGAAUACAAAGAAGCUAUGGAUAACCUGGUACCAUUAUGUAAUGAGAAAUUAAGAGAGAGAUUAUACUGUGAAGCUGAGAAAGCUAUGGCAGCUGAUGGAGUUGAUAAUGCUGUCUCUAUUAUGAGGCUAGCUCAUAUUCUUUUAUAUUGCUAG